CUGCGCAUGCGCGGAGCGGGUAAAGGGAGCUGUCCGCGUCUGUAGUGCUGCUCUGAUUUCACUGAACGGCUGCGCGUGCGAGUGGGUUUAUGGACGCGAUGGAAGAAGAACUGAAAUGCCCGGUUUGCGGUUCUGUCUUUAAGGAGCCGAUUAUUUUACCGUGCUCUCAUAAUGUCUGCCUGGCGUGUGCCCGGAAUAUCAUCGUGCAGACCCCGGAGGGAGAGACCCCUCCGCAGAACCGAUGCUCCGGCACCUCGGACUAUGACUAUCUGGAUAUGGACAAGAUGAGCAUGUACAGCGAGACGGACAGCGGCUACGGCUCAUACACGCCGUGCCUGAAGUCUCCCAACGGAGUGCGCGUGUUCCCGCCGGCGCUGGUGCACCGCCACUGCUCCAUUACCUGCCCGCUGUGCCACCGCAGCGUGUCCCUGGACGAGCGCGGGCUCCGGGGAUUCCAGCGCAACCGACUGCUGGAGGCGAUCGUGUCCCGCUACCAACAGAACCGCGGCGCUUCCGUCAAAUGCCAGCUGUGCGACCGCAAUCCGGUGGACGCCACGGUGAUGUGCGAGCAGUGCGAUGUGUUCUACUGCGCUCCGUGUCAGCAGCGCUGUCACCCUUCCCGCGGACCGCUGGCCAAGCACCGGCUGCUGCCGCCGACUCCAGCGCAGGCGGGGAACGCGCAGCCGGCCGGCGCCUCCGCGCGCAAACAGGCGACUUGCGUGGAUCACGAAACCGAAAACUACAGCAUGUACUGCGUCAGCUGCAAGACCCCCGUGUGCUACCAGUGUCUGGAGGAGGGCAAACACGGCAAACAUGACGUAAAGCCCCUGGCCGCUAUGUGGAAACAACACAAGUGUCAGCUGUCCCAGGCGUUGAAUGGAGUGUCUGACAAAGCCAAGGAGGCCAAGGAGUUCCUGGUGCAACUGAAGAACUUGCUUCAGCAGAUACAGGAGAAUGGGGUUGAAUUUGAGGCAUGUCUGGUCGCUCAGUGUGACUCUCUGAUUGAAGCGCUCACUCGGCAGAAAGCCAAACUGCUCACCAAGGUCACAAAGGAGAAAGAGAGUAAGCUAAAGACUGUAAAGGAUCAGAUAACUCACUGCACCAUGAAGCUCCGGCAGACCACAGGAAUGAUGGAAUUCUGUCUGGAGGUUAUUAAAGAGAACGAUCCCAGUGGAUUCCUACAGAUCUCAGAUGCGUUGAUCAAGCGUGUCCAGGUGUCUCAGGAACAGUGGGUAAAAGGUGCAUUGGAGCCAAAGGUCUGCCCAGAAUUCGCCUUGACCGUCAACACAGACCCUCUGAUGCAGUCGAUUCUCCAGCUGGACUUCACCCAGAAUAAAGAUGGUCAGGAGGCUGCUUUAUUGAAACAAAUGCAUGCAGGUGACCAGAAAGAGGAGGAGAGCACAGGAGCGGAGUCCCCCACAGUGCCUCCUGCACCGCUGUUGCAGUUGGAAAAAUGCUGCAUGCGGAACAACAGCGCCACUCUGGCCUGGAGGAUAACUACAGUCCAAGCCCUGCCUGUAGAGGGUUAUGUGCUGGAGCUGGAUGACGGGAAUAGCGGGCCUUAUCGGGAGGUGUAUGUUGGGAAAGAGACCAUCUGUACAGUGGAUGGCCUUCAUUUCAACAGUUCAUACAGCGCUCGAGUCAAAGCGUACAACUCUGCUGGCGUGGGAGCGUACAGCAAGGUUGUUGUUCUGAAGACAUCUGAUGUGGCAUGGUUCACCUUUGACCCUACCUCAGCUCACAGAGACAUUGUCCUGUCCAAUGAAAACCAGACUGUGACUUGUAACAGCUACGAUGAUCGCGUGGUGCUCGGGACCGCUGCCUUCUCCAAGGGUGUUCAUUACUGGGAACUUAGUGUGGAUCGCUAUGACAACCACCCCGACCCAGCAUUCGGUGUGGCCCGGAUUAAUACGAUGAAGGACAUGAUGCUGGGGAAGGACGAUAAGGCUUGGGCUAUGUAUGUGGACAACAAUCGCUCCUGGUUCAUGCACAACAACUCCCACACCAACAGGGCUGAGGGUGGCAUCACCAAGGGUUCGACUGUGGGGAUUCUGUUAGACCUGACAAAACAUACCCUGACCUUCUUCAUCAACAAACAGCAGCAUGGACCCGUGGCUUUCGAGAACCUGGAGGGUGUGUUCAUGCCAGCUGUUAGCCUCAACCGCAACGUCCAGGUGACUCUGAUCACAGGUCUGGAAGUCCCAAAGAGCAUCAUGUGAUCAUCUUGGACCAAUGAGAACAAACCAGACCUUUCUUGUCAAACAAAUCAGUGCUCUUAGACUGCACUGACAUAUAAAGCUGAUAUUAAUACUAUUUCUUCCCCCUCAUGGUCAUAUGGGUGAUUUGCAUUUCAGUGUUUACAAAUCAUUCCCAUGUUUACAGAAAAGCAAACCGCGAUGUCCCCACGGGGGCCGAGGCUGGAGUCGAACCCCAAAGCACUUUGAAGUAAAGUUCCUUCAGUGAAAGAUUAGGGCAGUUUCAAAAAUGUAAUUGGAUUGAAACCAAUUUAUCAUCCAUUUGAUAUGUUAGCAAUGGAACAGAGUGAGCAAACGCAACCGAUAGUGAUCAAACAACUGUGAGACUAAAGGCGAAUUUGAAAAUGUUUCAGGUUAAUCUUACAUGCUACACAAAUCUCAGGUUUACUCACCUUUAAUGUGCUUCAAAAAACCAUAAAUCUGGGGUGCUGGGAUUGAAAAAGUCCCGUUCAGGCCAAAAGCCCUGCGUCAGAUUAUAGUGAAGUUUACAGUCUCUUCAGUUCACAGUUCUACAAGAAAAAUUGUAAAUCUGAUUGCUAACAGCACACUUCUGCUGAAUUAGCUGCACAAUUUGAGGCAUAACCCAUGAUCGUAGCACAAACAGUGUGGGAUGAGUUACGUGCAGAAGUGUAAUACUUAACAUAUGCACAAUUGUCUUAGCAAACAGCCCUAAAACACACACACACACACACACACACACACACA